AUGAUGUCAUUUAAUACUGACAACGACACUUUGAGUACAAGGUCUGUGGCUGCAGUUACCAUAUCCAUACCACCUUUUAAACCUAACGACCCAUAUUUGUGGUUCACUCGCCUGGAACACUACUUCCUAGCUAACCACGUCACUUCUCAGACUACAAAAUUUGGCCUUGCAAGCUCCAUAUUACCUGACCAUAUAGCAGAGCAAGUACGAGAGACGCUCAUACAUCCAGAAACUCCAUACGAUGUUUUAAAGCAGAAGGUUAUUAAGGUUGCUUCGUUAUCAGAUCAGAAAGCUAUCGAUCAGCUACUCAGCAAUGUUAGCCUGGGCGAUAGAACACCUUCUCAACUCAAAAGCCAUAUGUGUAA